GCAGGGUACCAUAACAACUGCGCAACUGCCAAAACCAACUGCUCCCAGUCCCAGCACCUUCCGAGGCCGACUUCGUUGAGUUGUGGACGGCCAAUUUUCCCGAUCUGAUCAUCAAAAAAUUGCUAUCUUGACGCAAGGUGUGGAUGAGGUAUUAGAACCAGUCAUCUAGCGCUCCUUUCUACAGGUCUUAGCUAUCAAUCACCGCCAGCGCCAGCAACAUGAACGUCCUGGAAUGGGCUUUCGGCAAGCGUAUGACGCCGGCCGAGCGUCUUCGCAAAAACCAGCGACUCCUCGACAAGGCUAUCCGAGAACUGGACCAACAGCGCGUCAAGCUCGAGAAGCAAGAAAAGACACUUGUCUCCCAGAUUCGCCAGAGCGCUCAGAAGGGUCAGAUGGGUGCUUGCAAAAUCCAGGCCAAGGACUUGGUGCGGACACGACGAUACAUCGAAAAGUUUUACAGCAUGAGGAGUCAACUCCAAAAGAUCUCGCUUCGCUUACAAACAUACCGUACAAACGAGCAGAUGAUGCAAGCCAUGAAGGGCGCGACGAUGGCUCUCGGAAGCAUGAACCGCACAAUGAACCUACCCUCGUUGCAACGUAUAGCUAUGGAGUUUGAGCGCGAGAACGAUAUCAUGGAACAACGACAGGAGAUGAUGGAUGAUGCUAUCGACGAUGCAAUGGAUAUGGGUCUUGAAGAAGAGGGCGAUGAGGUUGUAGAGCAAGUGCUGGAGGAGAUUGGCGUAGAUCUCAGUCAAGCGAUGGGCGAGACACCAUCGGGACUACAGGUUGCGGCUGUCCCGGAGAACAAAGUCGCCCAAGCAGUGGGUGGUGGGGGUGGGGGUGGUGGAGCCGACCCAGGCGACGACGACUUGCAGGCAAGGUUGGACAGUCUGAGACGAUGAACGAAACUCUGAUGAACUUGGGAACCAGAGAAUGGAAGCUGUACAAAGGGUUGAACUUGGACGAAGAUGCUCCAGCUUCUAUGUUCCCCUCCCUGGGAUGGGAAUGGCUCUUCAAGCUUGCCGGUUUCUUGAUGCAUCCACGACUCUGAGAGGGCGAUAUGGUUCGUAUGCCCACUUGCAAAGCAGUGGCAUCUAUGAGCACACAUGAAUGCAGCAUGACUGCGGGAGUUUUAGGCGUACGUUGGGUUGAGUGGACUCUUAGAAUAAUGGUUAGGUGAUGAGCUGGUAUUCUCACGAGAACAUGUUACUUCUUUCGUUGGUUGGCUCGUUGGGCAGAGUGAGUUUCAUGUACAGUGCAGAUCGCGAGACUAACAUCCCAUCCCGCUUUGUUAUGCCGAAUAGCGUCCAACGGUCUAGCCGUCCUGCCGUUCCAACAGGCUAUUCUCAUUGUACACUACGAAGAGAAGAUAGUGAGUCUCUAGGGGAGGAGGACGUCCACCAGUGUUGACAAAAAUCACCACGGUCAA